AUGUUCAGAUCACUCCUCAGACCAGCAGCAAGACUCAGCUCCUUCGCUACCCCAGCAUCAUCACCUUUCAUCCGCAGGUUUGCCUUGUCAGCGCCACGUUUUUUGAAGGUGGAUAAGGAUUCGCAUGCUUACCCCUACUUGCACGAAAAAAAACCCAUUGCUCAGAAAUUCACCGAGGAGCACGAGUACGUCAAUUUGUACGAUGACGACUCUGCGUUCUUGGGUAUAACCCAAUACGCAGCACAGGCAUUAGGGGACGUUACAUUUGUCGAAUUGCCUGAGAUUGGCGAACGUGUCGAAAAGGGGGACACGAUUGGCUCAGUUGAGAGUGUCAAGUCUGCGUCGGAGAUUUACUCGCCUGUCAGCGGUGAGGUUGUUGGCGUUAACGAGCAGUUGGAGAGCGAGCCUGGCUUGUUGAAUGAUGAUCCCGAGGGUGAGGGAUGGAUUGCUCAUAUCAAGUUGGAUAACAAAGAAGAGAUUUUGAGCGGGGAGGGGUUGUUGACUAAGGAGGAUUAUAGCAAGUCUUUAGAAGAAGAUUAG